AUGCAACAUGUCACAGCCAGGGCAUCGCCUGGGGGUGGUGGCAUACGCGCGUGCCUGCAGUGCCGAGCACUGGUCAUCAGGCACCAAGCACCAAGAACAAGGCACUGUGCACCAGCUGGCAGAAACCAGGCACCAGGCACCAGGCACCAUGCACUAGGCACUGAGCACCAGCCACCAAGUACCACACAGCCAGCACCAGGUACUGAGCACCAGCCACCAAGCACCAGCAGCAGCCACCAAGAAGUAGGCAGCAAGCACCAGGCACCAAGCACCAGGCACCAAGCAUCAGGCACAAAGCACCAGGCACAAAGCACCAGGCACCGAGCACCAGUCACCAAGAAGCAGGCAGCAAGCAGCGAGCAUCAGGCACCAAGCACGAAGGACCAGGCACCAAGCAACAGGCACUGA